CCCCGCCUCCUGCGCGGCGCGGCGCGGCGCGGCCGGACGCCACACACCGGCGGGCAGCGGCCGGGCCGGGCCGGGCAGGGCGAAGGGGUCCCUGAGCACUGCCGCCGGUUGCCCCGGCCCGUCGAGGCCAUGGCGGCCAUCCAGAACCUGCAGCUGUGGUGCAAGCAGCAGUGCGAGGGCUACCGCGAUGUGAACAUCACCAACAUGACCACCUCCUUCCGCGACGGCCUCGCCUUCUGCGCCAUCCUCCACCGGCACCGGCCCGACCUCAUAAACUUCAACUCCCUCAGUAAAGAAAAUGUGUACGAGAACAACAAGUUGGCAUUUCGAGUGGCAGAGGAGGAGCUGGGGAUCCCAGCCUUACUGGAUGCAGAGGAUAUGGUUGCUCUGAGGGUGCCAGACAGGCUGAGCAUCCUCACCUAUGUUUCCCAGUAUUAUAACUACUUCCAUGGACGGUCUCCUAUUGGAGGCAUGGCUGGAAUCAAGCGUCCUUCCUCUGAACCUCAGGAGCAGCCUCUUGGGAAGAAAGCUGUUUCUGAGCCUCCUAAGCCAGUGCCACCAAAGCUGCCUCCUGCCCACCCACCAGCCAGAGCUAAGCCAAAAGAAACCUCCCCCGUCACCACAAAAGGGGUCCUGGCAGACAGCGGGAAUAUCCCAAGCAGCAGCUGUGGGGUCUGUGGGAGCCAUGUACAUCUGGUGCAGCGCUGCUUGGUCGAUGGGAAGCUCUAUCACAGGAACUGCUUCAGGUGCAGGCAGUGUUGGAACAUGCUUCUUCCUGGAAGCUACAAACCUGGGCCAGAGCCCAACACGUUCAUCUGUAUCAGCCACCAGCAGCCAGACAGUGUCCAGAUCUCUGGUCUCCGCAGCACUGGGAGCAAACCUGAGAGUACCCCAGCCCCUUCUGCUGCCAGGGCUUUCCAGAAAGCAGCAGAACCCAAGAAACCAGAGCAGGUGUUGAAGAAACCCAGCCAGGAAGGCCUUGCUAAUUCAACCAAGCCAUCUGUUUCAUCUUCUGGAAGCUCUGGCUUCAAAAGUGUAAAUACUCCAUGGUCCUCUUCAGCUGUACAUAAAUCAGAUGACUGCAAAGGUACCCCGUUAGGAAAUAAACCAGAUCAUCGUGAAGGUGCCCCCCCAAGGCCUCCUUGGACACCCUCCACAACAAAAACACAGCAAGCCCGAGAGCAUUUCUUUCAGUCAUUGGAGUCUUCCAGCAAUAAACCCUCUGACACUAAAACCCAAGUCCUUUCUCAUGGCCCUGCUAAAACUUCCUCUGCCAAAGCCACUACUGAGGUCCGUCCAGUGAAUGCUGCGAAGGAUCAGGCACGUAACCAUAUUAUACAGGCUCUGGCUGGAUCAAACACCUCUCCAAAUAAGCCAGGAGGACUCAGUUCCACUGGCUUCUCAGCAUCCAGCAGUGGCAAAUUUUCUCCCACCAAUUCUCAGUGGCAGAGUCCAGCUCCAAAAGCACAGCCCAGCAAAAUAGGGUACACAGCACUAAAACAGGAAAAGAUUACAGACCCUCUGCCCAAGAGCCAAGCUGCCAGCAGCAAACCUGUUUACUCUGUGCACAAGCCAGAGUCAAAAGGCAUCAAAGGAAGCAUGAGUGCUGGUGAAGACAAGUCUGAGAGCCCAUCAGACUGGAGAUCUCGGUUGAAGCCUGUAGCAUACAAAGACCAAAGUGGCACUGAGAAACCUACUGGUAACUCCCAGGUGGGAACAGGGAGUCCAGAACACAAGGAGACAAAGCCAAGCCCAUUAGUUGUCCCAUCAGCAAAGCAGGACUCUGCUUCAUCUGGUGGAUUCAUGAAGAAGUUGAUCCCCAGCUCGGAUCUUGUCAGGAGCUGUCAGAAUUCAAAGCAAGGCUGGGAAGUCCCUGGGGGCUCAGCCAAGAAGGAGGAAGAGGGCAGCCAGUUGAAGAAAAGCACUACCAUAGUUAAACCCUCUGCUCCGAAAAGUACCCAGAGCCCUGAAGCAGUAUCCCCAACCAAGCUGCACCCAGACUACCUCCCCGAAGAGGAAAUCCAGGGCAAGGUGCGUGACAUUGAGAAGCAGCUGGAUGAGCUGGAAUUGAAAGGAGUGGAUCUGGAGAAGCAGCUGCGUGGCUGCGAGGGAGAUGAGUCUGAGGAUGCUCUCAUGGUGGAUUGGUUCAAACUGAUCCAUGAGAAACAGCUGCUGCUCAGGCAGGAAUCAGAGCUGAUGUACAAGAUGAAACAGCAGAAGCUGGAGGAGCAGCAGUGGAACAUUGAGAUGGAGCUGCGACACCUCAUGAACAAGCCAGAGGAGCUGAAGACGCACAGGGAGAAGGAGCGAGAGAAGGAGCUGCUGGAGUCAUACCUAAACACGGUCAAUGAUCGGAAUAGCAUUGUGGAGUGCUUGGAUGAGGACAGGCUCAGAGAGCGAGAGGAGGACCAGAUGUUGGCAGACAUGAUCCAGAAGUUGGAUGGAUCUCUGGCUCCUGGCUCUCGAGAGAAGAAGAACAAGUUCUGCUUAUCCAGAAUAUGGAAGUCAAAAAAUAAGAGUAAAGCUCAGGAGUGAUGUUCCUUUGCCCAGUGGCUCAGCAGGGGCUAUCAUAGGUAUGUUCCUUCCUCGCUGCUGCUUUCCUGGAGUCCUGCAGGACUGUGAUGAGGUUCUUCUGCUCCCUGACAUGGAGACUGCAGGUUUGUCAACCAAAGGGACAGUGCGAAUCCCCUCUGGCCCUGGUAUGGGGGUCAAGGAUACCUUUCCCAGAAGGUGGACUUUAAAGAGUGUUUUCCUUCUUUGGAUCUAGCUCAGAGCUGGCUUCAGCCCUGUUGUCAGCUCAGGAGGGCAGAGCUCAAUUUGCCCAGCCACUGCUCAGGUCAUUGCAUUCCUGAAUGCAGGAGCAUGGCGCUUCAUCACCCCACAGUGCCCCACUCGUGUCAGCCAGGGCUGCACUAAGGGCACUGUACUGGUCUGUAAAAGGGCUACAGUCCCUCCCUCUCUGCAUGUGCUGUGGCUCUUUGGCCAGGAUCAGAGACACAGGGAGGUGCUAUGGGGUGAGAGAGAUUGAGGGUCUUCCCUGUUGUAAUCUGGAGCUGCAGGCCCCACAGCUGGGAGGAGGCAGAGAGCAGAACCCCCUCUGUAUCUGUGGGGUGGAAUGUCCUAGAACCAGAUUGUUUCAGCAGUAAUGCUUUUGCUUCCAGACCUCCUUUUGGGGAGUGUCUGCAGGCUAGUUUCC